GAGUGAGUGCUCGCAGCAGCAGACCCCGCGGACCACCUCGAGCACCAGUAGCAGUAGCAGCAGUGGGUCGGCCUCAGCGGCUAGCUCGGGCAGCGCAGCUGGCAUGGCCGUGGCCCGCGUGCCCUUGCCCCCGCCACCCAAGGUCAAUACGCCCGUCGCAGAGAACUGGUGCUACACUCAGUUUAAAGUGGUAAAGUUGAGCUAUAUGUGGAGCAUCACCAACAUCAGCUUCAGUAGUGAUAAAAUGGGCGAAAUUCUCGAGUCAUCCACAUUCUCUGCUGGGGCAAAUGAUAAGCUCAAAUGGUGUUUGCGUGUGUAUCCAAAGGGUCGGGAUGAAGAAAGCAAAGACUACCUCUCAUUGUACCUGCGUCUAGUCUCAUGUAACAAGUCAGAAGUCAGAGCCAAGUUCACACUUUCAAUACUAAAUGCCAAAAGAGAAGAAACCAAUGCUACGGAGUCCCAGCGUGCAUACCGAUUCGGGCAAGGCACAAAGUGGGGCAGCAAGAAAUUCAUUCGAAGAGACUUCCUGCUGGAUGAAGCGAAUGGUCUGUUGCCCGAUGACAAGCUCACAUUAUUAUGCGAGGUGAGCGUAGCAGUGGAUAGUGUAAACAUCUCGGGACAGUCAAAUGCGACACAUUUCAAAGUGCCAGAGUGCCGUCUCUCAGACGACUUCGGCUUUCUGUUUGAAAACCAGAAGUUCAGCGAUGUG